GCGGGAUGAUUGGCUGGGCCCACGGAGGGUGUGCGGAAGCGGCUUCCGCUGAGGGCGGCGGUGCCGGCCGGGUUGCGGCGCGAUGCGGGACGGCUGCCGCCUGUUCCCGCUCCUGCUCCUGGCGCUGCUGCGCGGGCAGUGCCACGGCAGGGAACCGGCGCCGGGCGCUGUUACCUGCGGCUCGGUGCUGAAGCUGCUCAACACCCGCCACAACGUGCGGCUCCACUCGCACGAGGUCAAGUACGGCUCCGGAAGCGGACAACAGUCAGUGACAGGAGUUGAAGCUUCAGAUGAUGCAAACAGUUACUGGCGGAUUCGAGGGAGGAGUGAUGGCAGCUGCCAGCGCGGGACACCAGUGAAAUGUGGGCAAGCCAUACGACUCACUCAUGUUAACACAGGAAAAAAUUUACAUACUCAUCACUUCCCAUCACCACUCUCCAAUAACCAGGAAGUAAGUGCCUUUGGUGAUGAUGGAGAAGGAGAUGACCUCGAUAUAUGGAUUGUGCAAUGCAGUGGGACUUACUGGGAGCGGGAGGACGCAGUGCGCUUCAAGCACGUGGGGACUGAGGUGUUCCUUUCAAUAACCGGGGAACAGUAUGGCCACCCCAUUAGAGGCCAGCGGGAAGUUCAUGGUAUGCCUACUGCUAAUCAUCACAACUAUUGGAAAGCAAUGGAGGGAGUCUUCAUCAAACCCGGUGUGGACCCUGCAAAACAUGAUGAGCUCUGAAUUGACAGACGAUCCAAAAUGCUUCAGCUUACUCCAAUGUUCGGAGAUGCUAAUCCUUGGUCUCUUAUAAGUCCUGCCUUGCCUAAGUGACUGACUUUCUGUGUUACUGAAGGGCAUUAGUUCAUUCUAGGAAUGCAGCACUUCUGUGGGGAAUGGCGUCUGCCAGGUUCAGCCAUUGAAAUUUAUUUAGCAAAAUUCUUUCUGAAUUUUCAAGCUUAAUUGGUGAAACUAGUUGAAACAUCUGUUAGGUUUUGUUGUCAUUUGUUUUACUUCUUUUUCUUGAAUUUGAAGGAAAUGAAAAAACUGAAGUAAUAAAUUUCUGUAGUUCCAAGUACAAUAAAAUAAAACUUUGUAUUUUGAAAUCUUUUUCCAGUUAUAAUUAAAAUUCAGAAGCUGAUAUCUACUUCUUAGUGAGAGGAUAUUAUUAAUAAGGAAACUGAGUAAAUCUAGAUAGGGAAAAAUAGUUUAUCAAAUAUGAUGUCUUUUGAAUGGCUUGAAGUCAGCUAUACAGCCUUUUGAAAAUUGCUUCCAAUGUCCUCUAUGAGUUUCAUUAUGUGCUGUGUUGGAAGAAUUGAAAAUAUUUGGUGUGUUGGAAUAAGAAGAGAAACUCUGAAUUUAUUCACUUUCUACAAGAAGUUCAGAUUUUCUGGUAAUGAUGAUACUGCUAAUUGUCAAAAGGUAAGACUACUCUGUUCUAUGAACUGUUGCAGAAAGCUACUGUUUGUUUAAUUAAUAUUAGAAUUUUAUAAAAUUCCAUAUGGUGUGAAAGAACAGUUGAAUUUGACUUAUGUUGUACUUGUGUGUCACUCUGCAAGAUCAGUAUGAAAAUCCAGAUGAGUAAAUAGUGGGGCAAAUACUUGUGGUGGUUUUUUGUAUGAAUCUAGAAGAAGAGAAAAAAGAACCUUAGACAAUGGUUUGACAGAAUGGUAUGCUCUGGAGUGCUAGCAAGGAAUCUUUAUUGAACAAGUUAUUAAUUUCUGUGUUCCUCUCCUGCUGCAAAAAGAGGAAAUAAACCUAAUUCUUGAAUGAA